GCUCCCCCUGCAGGCGGCGCGCGGGGCGGGAGGUCAGGGACUGGGAUUGAGGGAGAAACGACCUUAAAGAUCAUCCAAGUCCAAUCUACUGCCUCCCACCGGGCUGCCGAAAGCUUCAUCUAGCCUGGACUUGGACACCUCCCAGGACGGGCAGUCGCGACUUCUCUGGGCAACCUGCGCCAGUGCCUCCCAUCUUCCCGCGGAACAAAUUCUUCCUAAUGUUUCAUCUAUAUCUCCCUUCUUUCAGCUUUAAACCGUUCUUCCUUGUCCUGUCCCUGCGCUCCCUGAUCAAGAACCCCUCCCCAGCUUUCCUGCAUCCCUUUCAGUUCUGGAAGCUGCACUAAGGUCUCCCUGGAGCCUUCUCUUCUCCAGGCUGAACAACCCCAACUCUUCCAGCAGACUUCACAAUGCCUACUUGCUAAACAGCUGUUUAGAACCACUUCUAUUUCCUAAUUCAUGUCAGUUCUGAAGUGAUGGGGUAUCUAAGGAACUGAUUUAACUGAUUGUCUCCAAGUCUUGUGGCUAAAAAGUCUUGAUUCUAGGCUGUACAGGUGUUUGAAACAGCUCGUGGGGAACCAUGAUGUUCACGACAAUGGAAUCAAAUCUUUCAAAGCUGUUAAAAUGCCUAGAGAUGUUGAUAGGAAGCUAUAUGCAUUUCUUCCCUCUCCCUCUAAAGGCUGGAUAAGCUUUGGUGGUGCCAAAAUACUCUUAAAUCUUAAAUCUUCCCUCUCGGAAGGCACAGAUAAGAAUCGAGGGAAUGGAACCAUCCAUGUAAUAUGCGAUUGAGCAGAUAUCCUGGUAUGACUUCUUGGAGGGCUUGUAAGAUUGCCAGAAACAGAACUGAACUGAUGUUCCUGUUCCACACCCACCCCAAUGGUAUCAAAAUGUCUUCCAGACUUCUUAAUGAUAAAAAAUAUUAGAAAACAAGACUAGCAUCUGUCAAAUGGGGCUCCCUCUCCAUUUCUCUCUACACAUCUUUCCUUUGGGAGGAGAAGAGGAGGAGAAUAGCAUGAAAAGUGCAAGAUGUUUCAAAUUCCUGUUCAAAAUCUUGAUAAUAUCAGGAAGGCUCGAAAAAAGGUGAAGGGCAUUCUUGUGGAUCUUGGGCUUGACAGCUGCAGGGAAUUGUUGAAGAAUCUUAAAAGUUUUGACCCAGGUGAAAAACACUUUUGUAGCACUUCAUGGAGUGAUGUCGCUCCCUGGGAGUCUGUGGGCAAAAGGAAGAGAUACAGAACAAAGCCAUACUGCUGUAGCUUAUGCAAGUUCUCGUCAAAAUUGCUUACUUCAUUCAAGAAUCACUUGCACCGUUACCAUGAGGAUGAAAUGGACCAAGAGCUGGUGGUUCCUUGCCCAAAAUGUGCAUUUGCUUCUGAUCCCAAAAUAGUGGGAAAGCAUAUUCGGAUGUUUCAUUCAUCUAAUAAAAGAAUACAGAACUAUACAGUCAGCAUUUUGGAUGGCAUGAAACAAUUCAGGACUGACAUCAUAAACUUUACAUGUCUGAAAUGUCACUUUACAGACACGUUGUAUUACAAUAUGAAGAAACAUGUGCUGAUGAACCAUUUUCAAAACUUAAUAAGUACGUAUUUUGGCCAGAAACCUGAUGAAAGCAAAGAGGAUGCUAUUGAGCACUACUGUAAAAAAUGUAAUACUUCUGCCAACAGCCAGGACUCUUUAAUGUAUCAUGUCUUGACAGCUGAAACACACAGAGACCUGGAAAACAAACUUCGGUCUGUGAUUUCAGAACAUAUUAAGAAACCAGGACUUGUGAAACAAAUGCAUAUUGCUCCAAAGCCACCCCAAGGUGUGGCAGUGGCUGUUCCAUCUGCAGGGACUGCCACUGUUCCAGCAGGUUCUGUCACAGCUCCAGCUUGCAUCCAGCUGGCAUUUCCACAGAAUAAUCAAAACCAGAGUGUGGCACAGCCAAAAGCAGUUCAAAACGCAGUCAGAUCACUGACUGUUCCAAGUGUUUCUGGUGGUAGCCUUUCACAUACAACUUCUGCUCCCGUAGUUACCCCAUCACAAGUUACUCUUGUAUCUAGUAAUAUUCCUGUAGGUCAGAAUAACAUUAAUAUUCAGCCAUCACCUUCCCAGCCCAUCAUUGUUUCCCAUGGGCUCCCCCUUAAUCAGCCUGUAAGGGCUGGAGCUACUCCUCUUAAUCAGUCUGUUGGGACCGUAAAUGAAACUGUGGCUCCUGCUGUUCUUCCUCUUAAUCAGCCUGUCAGACCUGGGCUCUUUCCUAUUAAUCAACCUAUCGGUACUAUAAGUGGUCCAGUUGCAGCUGGAACACUACCUGUGACUCAACCUGUCAACCCUGUAAAUCAGCCAGUUGCACCAGGAGUCCUCCCUAUGAAUCAACUGGUUGCACCAGGUGUUCUCUCUGUCAACCAGUCACUUGGGAAUAUGAAUAGACCCAUUGGUCCUGGGGUCCUUCCUGUGACACAGACAGUUACGUCAGGGGUUCUCCAGCUUAACCAGCCUGUUGCCUCUGUUGUUCCAGCUAGACAGCCUGUGAGACCUGGGUUUCUUCAGUUUAAUCAACCUGUUGCCUCAGCAGUUAUCCCAGUAAAUCAGCCAGUUCAACCUGCAGUUUCUCAAAACACAACUUUUUUGACUGCAGGUUCUAUACUUAGGCAGUUGAUUCCGACUGGUAAGCAGGUUAAUGGGAUACCUACCUACACGCUUGCGCCAGUUUCAGUUACUUUGCCUGUAGCUCCUGCAGGUGGAGUAGCAACUGUUGCACCACCACAAGUGCCCAUGCAACUAAUGCAGUCUGGGACAGUAACUCAGUUGUCGCAGUCACCAGCUAGUGCACCCUCUCCUCCAGUGGUUUUAAUGUCUCAGAAUAUAUUACAAGCCCCGCCACCUGGUUCUGAGACAAGUCAGGCUAUCAGGCAGGCUAAACAGUGGAAGACUUGCCCUGUUUGCAAUGAGCUCUUCCCAUCAAAUGUCUACGAGGUGCACAUGGCGGUGGCCCACAAACAUGGUGAAGUAAAAAUGGAGGAAACCCUGGAACCUGACAAACUUGCAGCUUGUGCACCCUUUCUAAGGUGGGUGACGGAAAAGACAGUGCGCUGUUUCUCCUGUAAAUGUUUUCUCUGUGAGGAGGAGCUCAUGAAACAUCUCUUGAUGCAUGGCUUAGCUUGCUUGUUUUGCACCGUUACUUUCCAUGACUUAAAAAGCCUUGUGGAGCACAAUAAAACUAUACACAAUGGGAAAAAGCAGUUACAUGCAGAUUAUAGCAACAGAGGCUUUCAACUAGGUAACGAUGCUCAGGGUGGCCUUGUAUUUCCACACUUUGAUUUCAGUACGGUGUUACCAAAAGAAGACAUUGGUGAAAGAGAAGUACAUUUGGCAGUGCUUGCUGGGCUAAAUUCAAGAACACUUGUCCCUGUUUACAUCAAAGUGAAACCUCGGACAGCAGAGGUGAACAACAGGUGCAAAGAAAAAGCAUUAACCUGUCCCUUUUGCUUUGGUACGUUUGUUAGUAAAGAAACCUAUGAAACACAUUUGAAAGAGCGGCAUCAUAUAAUGCCAACUGUACAUACAAUUUUAAAGACUCCUGCUUUCAAGUGCAUCCACUGUUGUGGUGUGUACACUGGAAAUAUGACUCUAACAGCUAUUGCUGUACAUUUGCUCCGUUGUAGAAGUGCUCCCAAAGACAGCAACUCAAGUGUGAAGAUGCAGCUUGAGCGUACUGAGAAGAAAGAGCUACUGUUUCUGAAUGGUGAAAAACAUGUUUCUGUGGUAUUGAAAAGGAAGCAAUUGGAUUCCUGCUUUAUUGCAGAAGACCAAAGGAGUAAGGAACAGCAGCCUCUGAGCUUAAGUAGUGGCAUAGCUCUAUCUCCAGAAAAAGAAGUGGAUUCAGGAGUAGUGCCUUUCAAACGACAAAAGGUUAAUACUAGGACUGAGAUGAAGAAGCUUCCUUCUAGUGAGGAGCUUUGCAUGUUAGCGAUAGAUCCUAAGCAGUAUGAUCAUAAUUCAUAUGAAGCUCAAAAACAGUUUUUGACAGACUACUUUCACAAGAGGCCAUAUCCUUCUAAAAAAGAGGUGGAAUUGCUUUCCUUGUAUGUAUAUGCAUGGAAAAUUGAUGUUGCAUCAUUCUUUGGAAAAAGGAGGAAUUUGUGCUUAAAGGCCAUCAGUAAUCACAAACCAUCUGUGCUGCUGGGUUUCAGUAUGUCUCAACUAAAAAAUGUCAAGCACAGUUUGACUAUAAAAGAUGAACCAAUAGAUACGUAAAUGAGCUUUUUAUAACAGCUAAAAGCAAUUCGCAGUUGUAUACUUAUGAAUUUAGCAGUUUAUUGUGUUAUUUGUUUUAACUUUCAGACUGGCCUGUUGAAGGGUGAAAUAGUUCCAAAAGUCUUGUUCAGUUGUGACUGUUAUUGUGAAAGCCACUCGUAGUUGUGUAUUUGAAAAAGCUAAAACCUUCAAACUUAAACAUUUGGAAUUUGUUUUAGCUUUUUACUUUUUCUGGAGUAGUAUAUUUUGUUGGUUUUCUUUUCUUUUUUUUGUUUUGUUUUGUUUUGUUUUGUUUUGUUUUCCUUUCUUCCCCUCCAGGCACCCAUUACACUUUUUAUACCACCAUGUAAUACCUUUGUCCUUUUAAAAAACAUAAUUAUUUUUCUGCAAUGUCGGCAUCUUUUCUAAACAAUAAAAUGUAUAAUGUUGGUUAAAAUACUGAGGUAAACUAAGUGAAAAACAUCUGUUUGAUUGUGGUUUUAAGUCCUAAUCUUUUAACCUAUUUUGGUUUUAUCUACUGAAGAAGUGAUUUUAGCCUUUACAUCUAUUGCCCUUCCAAAUUCCCUGUGCACUCGUAGCAAUAAAAUACGUGGCAAUCUUUUUUUUCUCACAGUCAAAAUACAUGUGCCAGUUCAGUCUGGUGACUUGUGGUAUCUAGUAUUAACAUGGUGGGGACUGAGGGGCUUUGGGGUGCCUAUUGAAGUGUUACAAUGAACUGACAUGAAAUGGUUGUGUUAUUAUCUGUUAAAUAGAUCUUGCAAACCAGAAGUGGUUUUCCUCUUUUUGUUGGUGUUGAAGCCUGUUUUUUUUAAAAUACUUGUUGUUCAAAGUGUGGUAGCAACAUUUGGUUUCUUUUUCAAAAAGCUAAACUGCUUUGGAGAGUGUCGUGUUGCUUUGAUAAGCAAAGUAUUGGACUUGUGUGCACAUAGCUUAUCUGUAGAGGCCCUGUCCAGAUACCACUGAAGUUUGAUGAAAAAUCUGAUUUUUAUUUUAAAUUGCUGUUGCAUUGGUUUGGAAGGGUCCUUAAAGGUCCAUCUAAUUCCAUUCUACUAAUAUUGUCAGGGACAACUUUGACUGGAUCAGGUUGCUCAAAGCCCCAUCCAACCUGGUCUCAAACACCUCUAGGGAUGGGGCAUCCACAGCUCUUCUGGACAACCUGUGCCAGUGCCUCACCACCCUCAUAGGAAGAAGAUUCCUCCUAAUAUGUAGUCUAAAUCUCCCUCUCUUUCGGCUUAAAACCAUUACUGCUCAUCCUAUCCCUGCACUCCCUGAUGAAGACCCAUCCCCCCCAGCUUCCCUUUAGGCCCCCUUUCAGUACUGGAAGGCUGUUAUAAGGCCUCCCCAGAGCCUUCUCUUCUCUAGGCUAAACAAACCCAACUAUCAGCCUGUUCUUUUGUGGGAGUUGCUCCAGCCCUCUGGUCAUCUCUUUGGCCCUCUGGACUCGUUCCAACAGAUCAUGUCCUUCCUGAAUGCAGUACUCCAGAUGGGGACUCGAGCAGAUUUGAGGGGCAGAAUCACUUCCCUUGAUUGGCUGGUCACCUUUUGAUACAGCGCAGGACAUGGUUGGCUUUCUGGGCUGCAAACACACAUUGUCAACUCAUGUUGAACUUCUCAUGCACCAGCACCCCCAAGUCCUUCUCUUCUGGGCUACUCUCAAUUCAUUUCCACACAGCCUGUAUUUGUGCUUGGGAUUGCCCCAAUUCAAGUGCAGGACCUUGGCCUUGUUGAACUUGAUGAAGUUCGCACAGCCCCACCUCUCCAGCCUGUCCAGAUCCCUCUGGAUGGUAUUCCUUCCCUCCAGCGUGUCAAUUGCACCAACAGCUUGGUGUCAUGGGCAAACUUUCUGAGGGUACCCUCAAUCUCACUGUUCGUGUCUGCAACAAAGAUGUUAAGCAUCUAAAGAUGCCACUCAUUACCAAUCUCUACUUGGAUAUUGCGCCGUCGACCAUAACUCUUUUCAGUGUGGUCAUUCAGGUGAACCACCUGUCAAAUCCAUAUCUCUCCAAUUUAUUGACCAGAAUGACAUGCUGGGCACUGUCAAAUGCUUUGCACAUGUCCGGGUGGAUGAUAUCAGUUACUCUUCCCUUAGCCACCAAUGCUCCAAAUUUGUCAGACAUGAUUUGCCCUUAGUGAAGCCAUGCUGGCUGUUGCCAGUCACCUUCUAACUUUCCUUGCGCCUCACCAGAGUUUCCAGGAGGAUCUGCUUCAUGACCUUGCCAGGCACAGAGGUGAGACUGACCAGCCUGUAGCUCCCUGAGUCUCCCUUAUAACCUUUUUUAAAGACGGGAGUUAAGUUUCCCCUUUUCCAGUCAGUGGGGACUGCCACGGCAAGUAUGAUGGAUGAUGACUUUGCAACUUCAUUUGCCAGUUCCCUCAGGACCCAUGGAUGCAUCUCAUCAGGUCCCAUGGACUUGUGCACUUCAGAUGGUCUUGAAUCUGAUUCUCUCCUACGCUGGGUGGUUCUUUGGUCUCCUAGUCAUUGAGUACCUCAGCCUUCUGCAUAUGGUGGGCAACCAAGUCUUCUGUUUCCUUGUUGAGAGGGCCCAUGUUCUCCCUAGCCUUUCUUUUAUUGCUGAUAUGUCCGUACAAGCUUUUCUUGUUGCCCUUGAUGUCCCUGGACAUAUUUAAUUAUAUCAGGCCCUUAGCUUUUCUAACCUGAUCCCGGGCUGCUCAAACAAUUUCUCUGUAUUCCUCACAGGCCACCUGCCCUUUCUUCUCCUUACAUAGGCUUCUUUCUGGAGUUUAAGUUUGUCCUGGAGUUCCUUGUUCUUCUGUGUAGACCUCCUGGUAUUUUUGCCUGUAUUCCUCUUUCUUGGGAUGUGUCUCUCCUGAGCCUGGAGGAGGUGAACCUUGAAUAUUAACCUGCUUUCUUGCCUCCCUCCACCCACCAGGGCUUUAUCCCAUGGUACCCUACUGAGGGGAUCCCGAAAGAGGCCAAAACCUGCUCCUGUGGAGUCCAGAGUAGCAAGUUUGCUGCAUGCCCUCCUCACUGCCCUAGACCCUCGAACUCCACCAUUUCCUGGUCACUGCAGCCAAGGCUUCUCUUGAACUUUCAUUUCCCACCAGCCCUUCCUUGUUGGCAAGAACAAGGUCCAGCUCCUCAUUGGCUCUCCUAUCACUUGAAGGAAAUUGUCAUCAAUGCAUUCCAGGAAACACCUGGCUUGCUUAUGCCCUGCUGUGUUGUCCUUCCGACUGAUACCAUGGUGAUUGAAAUCCCCCAUGAGGACGAGGGCUUGUGAAAGCAAGGCUGCACCUCAUGAGGCUUCUGUCUACAGAAGGCCUCAUCUGCUUGCUCUUCCUGGUCUGGUGGCCAUAGAAGACUCCCAUUGUCAUGUCAUCUGUCCCUGCCCUCCCUUUAAUCCUGACUCAGAGGCUCACAGUCAGCUCCUCAUCCAUCCCCAGCUAAGACUCCAUGCAGUCCAGCUGGUCACUGACAUAGAGGGUGACACCCUCUCCUCACCUAGAUCCACGGCUUGAAGUCCUUUGAGUCAGACAGAGAACUGAAACUGGAUGAAUCAGUAGCAUCAAGACCGUAAACUGUCAAAUACUUGAACCAAUGAUACUCAUGUAGUGACUGUUUUUCAUUGUCCGAAAGGGAGCAUUAGAAUAGUAUCAAACCCAAAUAGACUACAUUGUUCAAUAUGAGCUAACACCCUAUUAGAGAUUACAGAAAAGCUGUUGGGAAGGUUCACCUGAGUUGAAAAAGAAAUUGUAGUGCUGGUGGCCACAUUGAGACCUUGUUUAGUACUGUCCUUUCUUUCUGGGUAUGCUUGGGUUCAUCUGGCUUGUCAGACAAUGCCCUCAAUAUUCAUUGAGAGUCAGUUUCAUAAUAAAUAACUUACAAUACACAUUAUUUUUAUUUCCUGCCUUUUGUUGGCCCCUCCUCCCACUUCUUUUCCAGAAAACAAAAAACAUCAGGCUCUUCUGUCCCAUUACUUGUGGCAGCAUUCCAAGGAAACGGUGAUAUGCCCAAGUUCAUUUCUAUUUGUUUGAAGCAGCAACCAUACUUUUGCCCCAUGCCACAGUUUUAAUAGCAGAUACAGAAUUGGGUUUUCUACCUUUUCGAAAAAGGCAUGGCAGUUUUAGCAUAAUUUGCUGGCUGUCCACCUGAAGUUCUAUAAGCUGUCUGAAAUUUUGUUUUGGAUACCAUCUUGAUAUUAUCAUAUUGAUAACUUCAAAGAAUUUUACUGUGUAUGUGACAUACACAACUUCAACUGAGACAAUCUGUUAUUUGGAAAAACCUAGUCAUUUCAUAAAAGUGUUGAAUGAACAUAAGCACCAUUUAUGUCUCACCCCAAAGAAUGACAGUGUGUAAGAAGCAGCAUGUUCUUACAGCCUAAUAAUAGCUCCUUAAAAAAUAAAAAAAAUGAUAUUUGGGCAUAGCUUAGUUCAUGAACCAGUUUGAAGGACUCAAAUUGAGGAAGGGAGGUGCUCUAGAGAAACUCUGAAAUCUAGAUGCUCAUUUUCACUCUCAAAACCUUGCUACUGUGAGCCCUGUCAUCUUUGGGUUAGUUCUGCUGAUAUUGGUGAAAACUCCAGCAGGGAAGAGUUUGCAACAUGCAUCUAGGGAAGGCUUGCUAUGUACGACUGAAGAUUGUUCUUGAGAUAGCAGUGUGGCUAUUUCGGGAUUCAUUCAUGCUUGGAGCACCAAGGGAACAGUGCAGUCUUACCAGAGCUUUCCUAGAUAGUGCCCAGUUGUGAUUUAUUGGACUUUGAUGUCACAGUUUCAGAUAAAACACCUUUCUAAGUUUCUCUUAGAUAUGUGUGCAAAUGCCUACUCUUUCCCCUUCCCCCUUGCUUUUUAAUAUAUUCGGGGAACUUGAUGUGAAAGUUACUUCUGGUACAAAAUAAUAGCUGUUAAAAGACACAAUAAGAAAGUAAACCUAGAAGUUAGAUCCAGAUGUUUUAGGUAGACUUUAGUGCAUUAUAGUAAUGACUUUUAUUAUCUCAAAUACUGACGGCUGCAUAUUUUUCUAGAGGCUGAUGUACUAAUUUACUGUCACGAAAUGCUUCUACUCUCAUUAAAAGAGGACUGCAGAAACAAACUAAAACCAGAUGAGUUUUGAAAUGCGAAAGUAGUGACUGAAACAGUAUGGUCAUGGUUUUCAGAAAAGCAAAGGAGCGUGUAAAGCCAGUCAGUGGCUUUAACUAAAUUAGGCUUUUGCUGUAGGUUUCUCACAUGUGAAAUGAUUUUGUUAGAAAGUGUCAGGAAAAAUACUGCUGCCUCUGCCGAGGGCUACAUGAGGGAGAUGCCUUCUGCAGCAGACUUUCCAAAUGAAAGUCCAUAAAGCAUGUGGAUGAAGCUCUGGUGCACUGUAAUUGAAGUUCAGUUGGGAAGAAUACAAACUGAUUUGUAGGAUGAUUGCAGCAAGUAUUUGUACCUUACUGAAAUUAAAAAAACAACCCUGCAUAUAUUCUGUUUCUGGAAUGCAUUGAUCUGGAAAAGUAUCUCUCUGUUCAAGACAUAUUUUGUUAUGGCAUACUGAUUUUUUUGAGUAGAAGUAUUGAGCUUAUGAAAUGGUGUGAUAACUUCGUAUUUGAAUAUGUAGUACGAAGGAUUAUUAUUACAAUGUGACUUGGUCAUAUUUCUUCAGAAUAUGUUCCUUCUGUAUACAUUCCUCUGCUAGCAGUGAAGUUAAUAUUGUUUGGUAAACUGAAGGUUUUGAAGGGGACAAAACCCAAAACACCCUUGUGAUUGGUUUUCAGUACUGUAUUCUUGUGUAGAGUACUGUGAUUUACCAUCACAUUGAACUUUUUUCCCUUCACGGUUUUAAGUUGUUCAAUAAAGCUAUGGGGCUUAUAUAAGUAGCCAUUAAAUACAAUUUUUUGGUGUGCAAUUCCCAACAAGUAUCUCUAUAAAACUGUAAUUCUACUGCAGUGGAUGGUGACAUUUUCAAACAUACAUUAGUCAAACUUAACUGCGGGCACAUUUUUCUUGGAAAGAUACUUGAUGCUAAGUAGCAAAGUACAGAUAUACAAAGAAAAAAGAGAAAAAAAACCCUUUUGGAAGAAGCACCUGGCUGCUUCUGUGAGCCGACCCAGGGAGGAUGCAAGGAACAGCAACAAAACCACAGAUGAAAUGCAAAGAGUAAAUUUAUUUUUGUUACGUUGUGAAUGAGGGGACCUCUAAAGCGCACCCAGGCAGAGGAACACAUGCGAGAAUGCAGGAACUCAGUCCUUGCUUAGAGAGUUAACAAAUCUGCUGGAUUUGUCUGUUUAUCAGGGAUUCACUCAAGUGUAGCUUACUGCUAUGCUUUGAUCUCUCCCACAGCAGUGCAGGGUUCGACAGGGUACCUCUAAGUCUAUCACAUGCCUAUGUUAUAUAAUUACAGAUGCUAACACAAGGCUAAACAACAAUUAGUAUGAUAUAUAUAUUUUGCUAUACUCCAGCUGCAAGUCACUUGAGUGUGUUUGUAAUCCUCCUCACCAAUCUUGUUAUUUUCCCACGCUUGUUUUAAGGGUCAAUAGAAUUUUCACUCCUUCUGCAGAAUAUAUGUGAAAAGGACACAUUGAGGGUAUUUAUGAAUAAAGCAGAAAUUUGUGGUGCUGCAUUUAAAGCCUGACCUAACACCUUGUUUUAGUGCCUACAUUUCUCAUUUCAGCUGUUCUGUCUUGGCAGGCAAGCUGCAGUUGUGACUAUUUCUCUUUGUUAUGUAGGUACCAAGACACAUAUGACAUAGUUGUUUUUGCUUCGAGUUUAUCUGUGUUUAACAUAUUGAGUUAGAGGGGGCAUGUGUGGUGUGCACUUAUACUACUGCCCUGCAUGUUUGAGAAGAGGGUAGGUCUGCAGAUAUCAGGAGCACAAAUGUGGGCUGGGUGACCACCUAAUCCCACAGAAACUACUAUAUAUUAACAGUGGUUUACCUAGUAGCAUGUUGAAGAGCACCUUAUAAUAAAAUCGGGAAUGUCAAGGUCUGAAGUAUCGUUGCAAAUAUUGUUCUUGUAUUUUGGCUCCUUGUCCACUAAAUGGGUGCAAUAGCGGUUCUUGCCAACCUAGCGUAUAGUGUGUGUGAGUAUCUUAAAGACUACGGGACCAGCAGGUCAUAUGCAUGAAGCUGCACCAAGUAUGGAACCGCUGACAACCUAUAUGUAUGACUGAAAGCACAGACAUUUCUGGACAAAGAUCUGAUUAAUUGUAGUGUCAGAGUCAGUGUCAUUUUGGCUUACAAUUUGGAAGUGAAAAAGAUAUUAAUUUUUUUAUGAAGUGAGAAGUCUGUACAGCAGUAUUGCUAUCCUUUUCCUGCAUGGGUACGAGGCUGAAACUUCCUGAGGAACACAUCUGUGGCUUUAGGUAACUCAGCUUUACUCAGCAUGGUGUAGUGCAUAGACACAGAGUGAAUGAAAGGGCUGCAGCGAGGUAGAGAGUGUGGCAGUCUUCGUGGUGUGAUUGCUGUAGUCUUUGCUGCUCAGUGGUUCUUGACUGGCCUACAUCUAACUGGCGUUAGAGCAGCUGCUGUAUGAAUAAUUGAAGAAGAAUGCACAAUUGUGGGUGAAUGGAAAAAUGCCAAGACACCAACUCAAGCAAAAUCAAGUUUUAAUAAAUGAGUAGCAGAAGAGAGCAUUUAGAUUUCUGAUUGUUCUUGGCAGAAAACCAGUGAAAGGGAUGAGAAGUUCCCUGGUAGUUUCCAGUCUCCACUGAGAGAUGUGGAAGUCCUCUGUCUCUUAAGGACUGAACUUGUUAGUUGCACUGUCACGCACAUGGUAUGCCAACAGUGUCACCUUUUAGAAAAGGUGAUGCAGAACGAGUGUUGAUGGAGCAUCUGUGAGAUACUGUCUUUGGUACACAAAGAACUAGUUCUGGAAUAUGCAUUGUGAAAUCAUUUCCAGGUCAUGAAGGACAAGUGCCCUUAACAACUUCUUUUGUUAAGUCAUCUUCCAUAGCAAGUAACACACUACAUCAUCCAUCUGCCACAGGAUUAGCAUCACAUGCUGUGCUAGAUAUUGAGAACUGAAUCACAGGCUUUUCAGAGCUUUUAUCCUUCUGAUGAUGACAGAGAGUUGGAGUUACUAGGGCAUUACUUAUCCCAAAAGAUAUUACUAAUCCCAAAAGACCUUUGAAAGCAUUGGCAGUCUGCUGUAUGUGUGCCCGUGCCAGUGAUCAAGUUCUGUGCGAUUAACACUACUGUGGCUGCACUUGAUUCUCAAUAGAGCUAGAAGUUCAAGGUGGGCUGAUCAAUAAUGAUCCUACAUGUAGCACCACGCAUUAGCAGAAAUGAAAGGCAGGGCGUGAGAGGUACAGCUGAACCUACUCUGUCUUGGCUUCUUAAUUUGGAAUAAGAGCUCAUUUAAUGGUAGCUGCUGGGACUGAUCCUAAUGAUGUGAAAGUGCAAGUGUAUUAACUAAACUUAAUGGUUAAUGAAAGAAAAUCUGUCAGUCAGCUUGGUGUAGAGAAUGCCCCAUAUCAUAUUUGAAGAACCUGAGGGCUGGGACUUAAUACAACAUUGUGAUUUAUAAACACACAUGCAUAAAGAUUAGCCAGCAUAGAUGCACCUACUUGGCUGCUGUUGCUCAAGGCCAAUGGUAACAAACAGAGGUUGAAAUGUGACCACAUUUCGAUGUGGCAUAGUACAAAACCAUUGCUUGGGUCAGGGCCAUGAGCUUCAGAAGCAAUGAAUGCGAUUUGGGCAGAAAGAUGGCUUUGAGAUGAACAUGAGCACUUCAGCUGCAGGGAGGUACGUGACAUGGCUGCCCAGGCUUGGGAUCUGGCUACCAGUGUUUCUGUGGGUGAGGGUUCCUGGCAGCAGAACCAGCAGGGGGUGAGCCUUUCCUCUCUGCAAGGGCAGACAAGGGCCUCUCCUGCUGACUGAGCUGCUCCAUCCACCAUGUUUGGAGGGUUGCCACUUGCCGCCAGGCCUCACUCCACAUAUUUUGGUGCCUCUGGGAAACUGCAGGGAGAAGUCUAAGCCCGAGUGCCAGAAAGUAACAAGGGAAACGAGCCAAUAACAAACAUUGCGCUGUGCUGGGCAGUCUCUGCAGGACCGAUUGCCUGCUGUUUCCUGCAAAAAGGUUCAGCUUAGCCAUAGAAUAAAGGUCUAGCUAACAAGGACAGGGUGCUUGUUCUGUGGUCAGAAUGAGCCACAGAACUGGCUCAUUUAACCUCAGCUGCAGCGGUGUUUUGAAGGGGAGUGGGAGCUCGCCUUCAAAAACUGUGUGAGGGAUGGCUGCUGCAGGCAAAUUUCCAAGACAUCUGUCUAUGUCUGGAAGGGCCUGGACUUUGCUGAACGUGGCCUUGACUGGAGGCAGGUUCGAGCAGGUCACUGCACAAGUGAGGAGUGUGAAGAGGAGCCAGGGUCUCUGGAUGCCAGGGGGGCUGUGGGAGCAGGCAGUGGCACAGGGGAGCCUUUCAGGGCUCCUUGGAGCUACGAGGCUGAGCUGGCCAGUGCCGCUUGCAGUGAAGGGGCCAGGGGCUGCCAGGAGACCGCAUCUUCUCAGGCAAAGUAGAGGUCAUUCUUGCAAGCACCAGAUUCUUCUGAUACCAUUUCUGUCCUCUGUGGGGUAUAUUAGCUUGGACCAGAGGCUUUCUAUUAAAAGCUAUUCCAAAAUAUUAUUCUUCUAAGAGAUAAAACUUACAAACAUUUAAAAUAUUCCAAUAAAAUGAUAGAAAAAAUUGCAUGUGCAGUUCUGAAUGCUUUGGUUUGGGGGGAGGAGGGAUGACCCAGAACAGCAGCAUUAAAAAACUCCCAGUAUAAUUGUUAUGGCUCCUGGGGAACAGAACUUAGCAAGAAGAUUCAUGUUGUUUUAAAAAAAAGAUGACAUUUUCUCAGAGCAGAUGUUUCUGUGUGCUUCCUACUGUUGCCCUAAGCCACACAUAGCUCUGGGGCAAUGAAAUCAACUCCUCAUAGAAAUACUGACAGUAUUGAUGGGGGCUUCACUUUCUGUACACUUUCUGUCUGGUUUUGGAGUAGGUGGAAGUGUUAGCUGCCCAUGAAAUCCGUUAUGUGCAUAACUUUUGCUUAGUACUGCUUUGUGACUGAACAUUGUUAGAUCCACUUGCUUUUGAUGGCCAGAUUUUCAUGCUGCAAUUGGAAUAUUUACAUCAUGCUGAGGAAUUAAGAUUUCUCUUUGGGAAAUCUGCAACCAUGAAACUUUUGGUUACAGUGAUGUUACUAUUAGAACAUAUUUAGCUGGUGGGGCCAGGCCCAUUCCCUUUCUGUGGGUGGAAGGAGGAAGAUUUUUAAAGGAAUCGGAAGUGCAAAUAUUUACACAGGCAGUUUUAGAGUCAUUCACAAACCUUAUAAGCAGACCCAGCUGAGAUAAAAGGGAUGAACUGUGCUGGAAAUACCACAUCAGUGGCAAAUCCUGAGCAGGGCUAUAAACCCUACAAGGCUGAAUUUAUGUAUCUAUUUAUUUAUUCAUUCAUUCACUGAUUUAUUUAUUUUCCCCUCUUCCCUCCAUACUGCUAAAUAAUUAUGCUAUUUUUGUUUGUAUGAUAAGUCAACUUCCACUCACCUAUCCUAUGUCCAUGAGGUCUGAGCUGUAGUCCAUAACAGUGGGGAUGUGACCUCUUCUGGUCAGAGGUCCUUGACAGACCUUCUCUGGAGAACCUGCCUGAAGAGUAAGUGAGAACAAUAACAGGCGCUGGUUUAAUCUGAGACUCAAUGUGCAUGUUGCUGGAGUGGGUUCAGAGCCUGCCUAAUGGAGAACAAUCCAGUCAUGCUGCAAACACUGCAGGUAGCCUCAGAAACCACAUGGGAGGCUGCAAGGGAGAAGGAGAGGGUUGUAUCAGGCAAGCAGUCGAGGCUCAGCCCAAGGAUGUCACAGCCUCCACUUACAUUCUUUUGCUUUUCAACAGCAGAUUAUAUACAUUGUGCCCAUCAACAACUGCACAUCAAUAAUUCAACUUUGCCAUAACUGGAUCAUCAACAGGGGCAGGAUUCUUGGCUUGUUUCAUGAACUGAGGGUGGGUUGAGUACAAUUUGGCUCCUCACCAGUCUUCCCAGUUCUUCCAUUGUGGAGGCGCCCAAUAUGAAAAAAAAAAAUCUCGCUGACAUCUGUUGGUUGUUAUUCAGGUAUUAAUGUACUAGUGAUAACAUAAUGUCCUUUCUGAAUGAUAGACAAAUGGUCCAGCAGCUCAUGACAUCACCAGACAUGCUGUGGAAGGUUUGGCUUCCCUUUUCCUUUCUGGUCUUCUCCAGUGAUAUCUUCAGCUAUAAUUUGGUUUCCUUAUCUGCUGGUUUUCCUUCUCCUGAAUUAAGGCAAUAAUGUUGAAUUUACUGUAAUUAAUGGUAUUUUCAUGUCUGUGCCCGUGAGUUCCUUGAACAACCAGGAUUUUCCAAGAAUCUUAAAAAAAUUCACUUCUUUGCUCACAAGAGUUGAAACCUUGAGUGUGUGUCUGUGUGUAUCUAUGUCUGUGCCUGAUUAACCUCUUGAAACACCCAGUUAAACAAACUUUGUAGAUUGCUAGUGAAAAAAUUACUGUUAUUGAUUCGGCUCUUUCCCAUGACAAUAUUUUAAUACAUCCACAAAUGUCCUUGGUGUCGGGUGUGCUUCUCAAAACCCAUUCAAAUGCCAUGCUGGUUUAUGUACUGGAGAAUUACAUUCCUGAGACAGUCCUCAAUACUUCCCAAUGGACA